AUGAUGAAUUGCAUCAAGCAGAUUAAGACAUUGUUAGUUGAACUGAUAAGUUCUACGGAUGAUUCUGGGUACUGUAAACUCAAAGAAUUAAUAGUCGAUGAAUACACUAAUGCUAUUGUUCAAUCUGUUCUUCCUUAUAAAGAAAUCAAUAAAGUUGGUGUUUUAAUAAUACGAAGAAUAGAAGUUAUUACACAAUCACAUGUUGAUUUUCAAGACUCCAAUGGAGUAUUUCUUUUAACACCAAAUACGAAAAGUAUUGACUAUUUGAAAUUGUUAUUAGCACACCCACCAUAUCCAAGAUUCUCAUUAUUCUUCACACAAACAGGAACUAUAACUGAUGAUAUAUUAAUGGCACUUAGUAUCGCAGACUCUUUCAAUGUUAUUCAACACAUAGAAGCAGUGGAUUUAGACUGGAAUUUUGUGACUCCUCACUCCUUUACUAAAGCGUCUAACAACGUCACUUCUUUAAUUUCAUUUCUGCGUUCUCACAACUUCUCUGUUAAAAAUGUGAUAUGUCAAGACUUACCAGAGACACAGCAAAUAACAAAUGACGUUGUAAAAGAGAUGAACAGUGACACUGGUAAAAAUUGUACUUUAAUAGUUAUUGAUAGAACCGCCGAUGGGUAUUCUCCGUUGUACAUCAACAGUUAUGUCUUUUCGAUCAUUCAUGAAUAUUGCACUAUCAACAACUCGCUCUACAUUUUCGAUAACAAUUUGUGCAAAUUUGACUUCGAUGAAAGUGACACAGAAAAGAUGUAUCGAAUGCCUGUUUAUAGUCUUGUUCAGCAUUUAAAAAGAAAAGUCGAAGAGCACUCGAUGAACACAUCGACUAAAAUGACUUUGAAGAAAGAAGUGUGUGACACGUCAUCUGCAAUUUUGCCGCAAUUGUAUUAUCACCAAUUCUCUAUAGAAACUAAGUUUAAAACGAUAUGGGAUAAAUACAAUACCGUUUUAAAUUAUUGUAUGACUCAAUUAUCAUCUCAAUUCACUACUGAUCUCAUUAAGUCUCUUUUAGACCUCCACACGACAAAAGAAGUUAUUAAUACACACAAUAAAAGAAUUCGAAUGAUGGUGUCUUUAGUCUGUAAUCAAGAUGUAUACACUUCUGAUAACAUAAAGAAGUUACUUGAAAGAUGUGGUAAAGAACAUCAGCCAAUCGACCUCUUUGAUUCUUCUAUUUUUGAUGACAACGAAUUUCAUCCACUCGUCUCUCAAAUCGUCAAAAAGCCUUCUCUUCUCAAAAACAAUCACUUUGUAGUAUCAAAAGGAGGUAUACCUGAUGUCAUUGACUCAAACACAGUCUUUUGGAUCAAUGGAGGAUUUUGUCCUUUCGAAGAAAUCGACUUAAUGAACACCAUCGACUCCAUUAACAAAAACACCCCAAAAGAAGUCGAAAAGAAUGUUUAUAUUGGCGGGGAUAUACUUCAACGCUCAGAAGUCUUUGAAACCACCUACACUCAAUGA